GGCAACCACGCCUAAGCAGGCCCUCGAUGAUGUCAUGGGCGAAGAACCAGUACCUCAAGCAGAACAACCCAAGAAGGUUGAAGAUAAAAAACAUGCUCCUGUGCGUGAUGCUAAACAAGCGGCGAUCAUCUCACAACGUAAGCGCGAGGAGAAGAAACGCAAGAAUCAGCAAAUCAUCGCAAAGUUACAAUCGAUCUGCAGUCCCGGCAACCCCAACGAUAUCUACACCGACUUGAUCAAGAUCGGACAAGGUGCCAGUGGAGGUGUCUAUAUUGCACAUGAAAAGACGAAUCCGACAAACACGGUCGCUAUCAAGCAGAUGAAUUUGGAACAACAGCCCAAGAAGGAACUCAUUAUUAAUGAGAUCUUGGUUAUGAAGGGCAGUAAACACCCCAACAUUGUCAACUUUAUCGAUUCAUAUUUGGUUAAAGGCGACUUGUGGGUGGUUAUGGAAUACAUGGAGGGUGGAUCUUUAACGGAGAUCGUCACCCACAGUGUCAUGACCGAGGGGCAAAUUGGAGCCGUGUGUCGCGAGACCUUGAAGGGGUUGAAGUUUUUGCAUUCCAAGGGUGUCAUUCAUCGUGAUAUCAAGAGUGAUAACAUAUUAUUGAAUAUUGACGGUAAUAUCAAGAUGACAGAUUUUGGAUUCUGUGCGCAGAUUAAUGAAAUCAACUUAAAGAGGACUACUAUGGUGGGUACGCCUUACUGGAUGGCGCCAGAGGUGGUGUCACGUAAAGAAUAUGGUCCUAAAGUUGACAUUUGGUCGCUUGGUAUUAUGAUGAUUGAAAUGAUUGAAGGAGAACCACCAUACUUGAAUGAGACUCCAUUGCGAGCAUUGUAUCUUAUUGCCACCAACGGAACACCAACUUUGAAAGAGCCAGAAGCAUUGAGUGCAGAAAUUAAACAAUUCUUGUCGUGGUGUUUGCAAGUAGACUUCAACAAGAGAGCCACUGCAGACGAAUUAUUACAAGACAAGUUUAUUUUGGAAAGUGACGAUGUGUCUUCGUUGAGUCCCUUGGUGAAGAUUGCUCGGAUGAAGCAAGCGUACGGUGAUAAUGUUGAAGACAUGUAGACUUUUUAGUUUUUUUUGUAUUUACAUAUAUAUUAUUAAUGAGAUAUUAUUUCU